CGAUAAUACUGAUUAUGUAGGUUAAUGUAAUUUUAAAAUAUAAUAAAAUAUUCCUUUAUAACCCGCCCUUGUUUCCUUUCUUCCACUCUUUCCGCAACAGCGUCCUCUCUCUCCUCGUCUGCGCGACUCGCCCAUCCGAUCGCCGCCUCAAUCUGGGAAGAAGAAGACAUGGACGAAGGGACGUCGAAGCCGCGGUUGUGCCUGACGGAGAAGGAACAGCUUGCGGCUCGCAAAUUGAGCAGGCUCUCGCAGAUGCUCCUCCAGUUGCAACACCGCCGCUGCCGCCGCACCACCUACGUCUUCCCCGAAUACCUUCGCUGGGGCGAGUGGCGGAGCCGCUCCAUCCCUGACGGUCCACCCUCUUCCGUCCCUCCUCCUCCGCCACCUCUACCUCCGAUCAUUGUCCCUCCGCAGGGCCGGGCCUCAGACGGCGGCCAGAGGAAGUUAAGCAACCCCUUGAGGGCGGGGAGCGGCGGCAAGGACGACGCCAUGCCGAGCUCGUCGGCGGCACUGCCUGCGGUCAAUCGGGUCAACAAGCGACCCGAGUCGGUGCUGAAUCACCGCCGAGAAUUCGCGUCGCUCGACGACGGAGCUCAUCUCAAGAGAAAUAUCGAGCAGCAUAGCAAUCAAUUGAGAGCAAGGAAUUCUGUUCUCAGACAAGUGGAGGAGCAAAAACUUGUCAUCGCGGCGAAGGUUUGGCCGGCUGCCGCCAUUGGAUGUAGUCCAACACGGAACCGCCACCGCCGACGCCAGCGCCAACCACCCGGGUUGGCCCUAAUCCCCGCGGAUCCCAAGCUCGCAUUCUUUCCGUUGGAAAAUCACCAGGAACUGGACGGCCGGUGCGCCACGGAACGGGCGCCAAGCUCCCGGGCCAUGCUAGAUCUGAACGCGCCACCGGAGACGGAGGAGGAGACAGAGGAAGAGGGAGAGGAUCAGGUGCCGGCGGCAGCGGCGGGACGAGAGAAGAGCGUGUAGAAAACAGAAACGAAUACGGUGGUGCGGACACGGCGGUUCGUUAUGUAGAUUACAUGCCCUAAUCGUAAGCAUGCAUUAUUGUUAUAGUGAUAAUAACGGUAUUUUUGUUAUCACUAUCUAUCAAGAAGAAACACAA